CUGCGUGUGAGGAGAGGAGAGGAGAGGACCAGCAGAGACUGAGGAAGAGGAGAGACAAGUGCAAUAGAGGCUCGGCUCUGAACGGGACUCCGCGUUAAUACAGAGACGGUAUCUAUCGCUGCUGCGUCGCAGGAGACCGAAGACGCACAACAGGCUCCGUGUUUCUCUCCACCGUGGGAGGAGAUAAUAAAGAUUGAAGAAAACCACAGAAGAAAAAGCAGACAACUAGCCAGGGAGGAGGAGGAAAGAGGGGAUUUGAGUUUCUCUGUUGUGAAUGUGCACGUGUCCUCAGACAGUGUGACUGAGCAGAGAGGCGGGGCAGACCUUCGCGUCACAUACCGAUGAUGGAGAGGAGGAGGAUGGACGCAGCACUGCUGCUGCUGUUCCUGGUGCACCUCGCCACUGCGCUGGAGGUCCCACUAGACCUUCUGGAAGGAUUGCCGCAGCCACCGACCAUAACUCACCAAUCCCCCAAGGAUUACAUCAUCGACCCACGAGAGAACAUUAUAAUCCACUGCGAGGCGAAGGGGAAGCCUCACCCCAGUUUCUCUUGGACCAGAAAUGGGACCCACUUUGACAUCGACCAGGACCCCAACGUGACCAUGAAGCCCCACUCUGGGACCAUGGAGGUGGACAUCAGCAGAGCGAAGGCCGAGCAUUACGAGAGCGUGUACCAGUGCACGGCAAGGAACAAACAUGGAACUGCUGUUUCCAACAACAUAGUCGUACAACAGUCCAGGUCCCCCUUGUGGUCGAAGGAGAAAAUCAAGCCGAGCGUUGUUCAGGAGGGCGUGUCCUUGGUGCUGCCGUGUCGACCCCCAGCUGGCCUGCCUCCUCCCAUCAUAUUCUGGAUGGACAACAAUUUCCAGCGGCUGCCUCAGAGCAGCAGGGUGUCCCAGUCCCUGAACGGAGACCUUUACUUCUCUAAUGUGCUCCGAGAGGAUUCCCGGAACGACUACAUCUGUUACGCCCGCUUCCCGUACACACAAACCAUCCAGCAGAAACAACCCAUCACCGUCAAGGUCCUCAACCUGGAUGCAAUCAAUGACACAAUGGCAGCUUUUUACAAUGACACUGAUUUAUUUAGUGAAGACCCAGCGGAUGAGAGGAGGCCGACCUUCCUCAUCCCAUCUGGUCCCACCAGCUCCAAGAUGGUGUUGAGAGGACAGGUGCUGGAGAUGGAGUGUAUUGCCGAAGGACUGCCCACCCCUGGAAUCAACUGGAACAAAGUGAGCGGCGACCUCCCCACCAAGCGCACAUCUUUCCUGCACUACAAUAAGACCCUACGCAUUGUGAACGUGUCCGAAUCUGACGCAGGAGAUUACCGCUGCAUCGCCAAGAACCGGCAUGGCUUGGUGCACCACACCAUCCACGUCACGGUCAAAGCUGCUCCAUAUUGGAUCACUGGCGCCCCCAGGAAUCUUGUCCUAGCUCCAGGAGAAAACGGCGUGCUGACCUGCAGGGCCAGUGGCACGCCCAAGCCCUCCGUCAACUGGGCUAUGAACGGCAUCCCCAUAGAGAAUUCCCCGAAGGAUCUCAGCAGGAAGGUGGAGGACGACACCAUCAUCUUCACUGUUGUGCAGACUGGAUCCAGCGCCGUGUACCAGUGUAACGUCUCCAAUGACUACGGUUACCUCCUGUCCAACGCCUUUGUCAAUGUGCUCUCGGAGCCGCCCAGAGUGCUGACACCAGCCAACAAAGUCUACCAGGUCAUCAAAAACCACCUGGCCCUGAUAGACUGCGCCUCCUUCGGGUCACCCAUCCCGAAAAUUACAUGGUUCAAAGACAGUCGGUCCAGCACCCUGGAUGGAGACCCUUACAUCCUGCACGACAACGGGACUUUAGAGAUCCACAUAGCUCAAGCCCACAAUAGUGGCGAAUACACCUGCGUGGCCAGAAACUCCCUCGGUAUCUUCGAGAAUCACGUCCGUCUGGAGGUCAAAGAUCCCACCCGAAUCCUGAAGCAGCCGGAGUACAAAGUGGUCCAGAGGGGCCGGCCUGUGGUGUUUGAGUGUAAGGUGAAACACGACCCCUCGCUCAUCCCCACCAUGACCUGGCUCAAAGACGACGGAGAGCUGCCCGAUGAUGAGAGAUUAAUCGUGGACUCUGACAGCCUCACCAUCAAUGAUGUGACGGAGAACGAUGCGGGGGUGUACACCUGCAUCAUGAACACCACUCUGGACCACGACUCAGCCAGCGCUGAGCUCACUGUUGUCGAGGCCACACCAACUCCAGCUGUUGCCUACGAGCAACCCGACGCCCCGACUGACCUGGAGCUGACAGACCAGAAAAAGAGGAGCGUUCAGCUCACAUGGACUCCUGGAGAUGAACACAACAGUCCUAUUCAGAAAUUUCUGAUCCAGUAUGAAGACUCGCUGCACCACCGAGGGCACUGGCAUAAUCUCACCGAGGUCCCUGGAACCAGGACGACAGCUCACCUCAAACUGUCACCCUACAUCCACUACACCUUCAGAGUUCUGGCCCUCAACGCUGUGGGCUUCAGCCGCUCCAGUUUCCCGUCCAGGAUGUUUAAGACAGAACCUGCAGCUCCAGACGAUAACCCAACAGGUGUACAGGGAUUUGGAACAGAACAUGAUAAUCUUGUAAUCUCAUGGAAGCCGCUGACGGGCCUCCAGUCUAACGGUCCAGGGCUUCACUAUAAAGUGAUGUGGAGGCAGAAGGCGGUGGACAGUGAUUGGACCACAGUGACUGUGGCUAACAACUCCAAGUUUGUUGUGUCUGGAACGCCCACAUUUGUUCCAUAUGAGCUAAAAGUUCAGGCAGUGAACGACCAUGGAGCUGGACCGGAGCCUGCUAUUGCCCACGGCUACUCAGGAGAGGACUUGCCAGUAGCAGCUCCACAAAAUGUGCAGGCCAUGCUGCUGAACAGCACUCUGGCCGAGGUUCACUGGGAUCCUGUGCCCUCUAAAUUAAUACGAGGACAUCUCAAAGGAUAUAAGGUGUACUACGGGAGGGAGCGCAGCCUCCACAAACACAACCCUCAUCACGAGGAGAAGCAGAUGCAGAUCCUGACCUUCAGUGGGAACCACACCCACGGCAUGCUGCCCAGCCUGCACCCCUUCAGCCACUACUCGUUCCACGUCAGGGUCUUUAACGGCAAGGGAGAGGGUCCACCCAGCGACACCCUGACGUUUGAUACACCCGAAGGAGUGCCGGGGGCUCCUACUUCCCUGGUAGUCACCAACCCCAACCUGAACGCUCUGACCCUUGAAUGGAGUCCUCCUCAUGACCGUAAUGGACGCAUCACCGGCUACACCCUCAAAUAUCAGCCAGUCAAUAACUCCAAUGAGCUGGGCCCAGUGGAGGAGCUGGCCCUGCCCGCCAAUGAGACCUCGGUCACUUUGAAAAACCUCAAGUACAGCACACGCUACAAGUUUUAUUUGAAUGCGAAAACGGCUAGGGGAGCAGGCCUGGCCACUUCUCAGGAAGCUGUCACCAUCGUGGAUGAAGCUCUAAUAUCACAGCAUGUCGUAGAUGUGGUCACAGGAAACACGCAAACCCCUCAUCCCAUUGCACGGUCUCCUCCACGUCGUCCGCCCCUCAAGGUGCGGCCCAGUGUUUUCGGGAACGUUAGCUACUCGUUCGGCGAGGACGGGACCCUGAUCAGUUGGGAGUACUGGGGCCCGGAGAGAAACGUUCAUGUAGAAUACGCAGAGAAAAUCAGUGAAGGUGAAGAGGUGUGGGAGAAAGAGCCUGUGAACGGCACUCAGAAUGUUAUGCUGAAGGGCUUAAAGGGGGGCCUUUCCUAUAAGGUGCGUUUGGUGGCCCAAGGUCACCACGACCAGCCGCCCCACCUCUCUGACGAGCUGUUGGUCGAGGUCCCAGCUGUGGCGAGCAGACAGGUGGACAUCGCCACUCAGGGGUGGUUCAUUGGCCUCAUGUGUGCCAUCGCUCUGCUCAUCCUGAUCCUCCUCAUUAUCUGCUUCAUCCAGAGGAAUAAGGGAGGGAAGUACCCUGUCAAAGAAAAGGAGGACGCACACACAGACCCGGAGUUCCAGCCCAUGAAAGACGAUGACUGUACUUUUGGGGAAUACAGUGACAAUGAGGACCAUAAACCGUUAAAAGGGAGCCGCACGCCGUCUAGUGGGACGGUUAAGAGAGACGACAGUGACGACAGUUUAGUUGACUACGGGGAAGGAGGAGACGGACAGUUCAACGAGGACGGCUCGUUUAUCGGCCAGUAUAGUGGGAAGAGCGCCAGCAGGGAGACUGCUGAGGGCCACGAGAGCUCCGAGGCCCCGUCUCCUAUUAACGCCAUGAACUCCUUGAACUCAUUUGUGUGACAGACCGGUACGAGGCGCUGCACUGACUACUCAGACCCCACAUGUCCCAACACAUGUCCCAACACCGCAUGGCUUUAUGAUCACAUCUCCAUCCCCCCCAGUGCCACACAUGAAAAAACACACAACUCAAAGACAUUUAUGUUUUCACUUGGAAAAUCUUUAUGGAGACUCAUUAAGCAUCAUUUAAGGAAUGAAGUAGCUCAACCAGACAUUUGAUUUUAACGAUACAUGCAUGAAAUGCCUGAUAUGACCUAAAUCCAUAUUUAAAUUAACACUUUGAUAUUAACAAGUUCUUACCAGGAAUCUCUUAUGGACUAUGCAGUGCUCGUCUGACUAUAUUUGUUUUUGUUAUUAUAUUAUCUACUAUGUUCAAAUAGUAAUCAGUGUCUACAGUAAAAUAACUAUUACUCACUCUGUGUAUUUUUAUCCAAACACAGAAGCUUGUACAGGAAUCUGUAUUUAAUCAUGUAAUUCAUUCAGUGCACAAGGCAGAUCAUGUACAGUGUGUAUAUACAGUAUAUAUAUAUAUAUAUAUAAAUAUAUAUAUAAAGUGAAUAUUGGGAGCAGCAGUGCACACGGCAUGCUUGAGAUCGCUGCAUUGAUACAUCCUCAUCUGUCACCACUCUGUCGAAUGAUGCACCUGUGAAGGAGGAGGCUGAAAUGCUGCAUGGCCCUGUUGUCAUAUGACCUCGUGACCUUUGCCCUGCAUGUAAUCUCUUCUCGUUGAGCUUGAUCUGAGGGGCCGGUGGGGAACCGCUGAGGAUGCAGGGGAGCUCGUCUCGGUCCCUGCAGUGCUCCUUCAGCAGGUAGUGCCUUUUCUUCAAAAACAACGAUUCAAUUGUGAAGUCUCUUUGCAGAGUUCAGUGACUGGAACAGAGACAGUAGUAGGACUGCACAAGUCACAUCCAAGGAUGGAUCAGAUAAGCUUGAGAAGAGGACUCUGCGGAGGGAGGAAUAAUUCAUAUACUCUUGUAAUCUUUUUUUUUAAAAAGACAUCCCAAUGCCUUGAGACACAGGACUGGCUUUGAUUCCUCCAAGAAGCUAAGCAUUGGAUCAGAGUGAAGCAUCAUUAAAACCAUGUCUGGUGCAUUUUCAUUAUGUACAGAACCUGAUUGUAUUUCUGCAGUGUAUGAAUGUAUGGAUAUCUGAGUGUGUGUGUGUGUGCGAAUACAAUACAUUAUUCAACUCCUAUUAGGCAAAACAAAAAUGUUCACUUGUACUAACUACACUUGAGGGCCUUUUGGUGGGAUCAAGAUUUCUUUUCUCUUAACUUGCAUCAAGUUUUUUUUUUUUGUAGAAUAUUUGUUGAAUUUGUAAAUACCUUAAUUGACUGUACAGGGACAAGCAGCUUAUAAGGCAGCCUAAGAGGCAAUGUUGUGCAUGAUAUGGUUUAACUUGUUGAUAGGACUGUAUUAAAUAUAGAGUACUUGUAGAGAAUAUACAGUAUAUAUUCUUUUUUCCCCUUGCUGUGCACAGUGUACAUUGUAUUGUAACUAACUGGACAGAAAAUUGCAUAUAAAUUUGAAUUUUGAUUGUUUUUUUUCUGAUUUGCUUGUCAGCGAGUUAUAUGACUUUGGUAUUGUACAACAUGUAGAAUAUAGCGACAAUAUUAAUUGAUGCACAGAAUGAUAUUAUUCUGAUUUGUAUUGGUUCUACGCAGUCCCAGUAUACUGCCAAAACGAUGCUCUUUUUCUGACCGUAUUGCAAAUGGUUUUGUAUUUAAGAAACAGAUUUGUACUAACAGAUACUUUCUUUGUCUCUAUAUUUAAGUUUCUCCUUUUAGUGCAAGUAUGAAAUUCAAGCUACUGGAAAUAUAAUGAAUGAAUAAAUAAUUAUCUGCUUUA